CGUCUUUGGGUCUGUACCUUAUAUAUUUGAAAGUGUGAAGCGGGAAUUUAUGUAAUCAUAGGGAAAUAUGGAAUUCAACGAAGAUUUUGUCAAUAUCCAAAGAGCGCUUAAUAGCGCUCAAAAUAAAUAUGGUUCUCUGUGCGAUGCAUCUAUCACUGGAGAUAGCCUGAAGACCAAAGAGAUCACUGAAAAGUUAGCAGCAGUAAUUCGUGAAAAGUACAAAGAUUUCUUAAAUGCUAAAUCAGAAAAUUUGCAUGAUGGUUUGAAAAAAAUAGUAAUAUUUUUAUUAUUGAAUUCUGACAUGUUUGAUGAGGACCCAUUAAUGGCAAAUGAAAACUGUGGACAUCUCAUUGGAAGCAUCCCAACUGUCAGUAAGGAUUUACUAAUUUCAAUAUUUUGGGAUAUAGGUUUGCAAGCUUAUGUCUAUGAUUUCAUUGCAAAUGGACCACCGUCACUUGUUAUUCAUGUAAUAGAUACACUGGCUCACAAAAAGACUUCGAUGGAGCUGUAUGAUUCCCUGGAAUUGAGCUCCAAAUCAAUUGUAGGUAUAUAUACACAACUUUUGAAGAUUUCCUUAGGAAGAAUUACUUCAGAAAACAUGAAUUAUUGUUGGUGCAGAUUCACAGAAUACUUAAAAAAAUUCUUGACAAUAUUUUUGGACCCAGGGAAGAAACGAUUUGAAGGAAGAGGAACUAAAGACUUGCAUUAUUUUGCAGGUUGUGCAAUGAAAAAGUUAUUAAUUGUGUGUGAACAUUGUUUAAAAUAUUUUGUAAAUUGUCCAGAACAUAAUGAUAAUAUACAUACCAUUUACAAGAGCAUAGAUUAUCCCAUUGAGGAAUGUAAACAUGAGGAACACUGUAGAACUGAUUCUAUUUCUGAAAUUACCAAUGACUUACUUACUGCUUGUUUGCAUAAUUUGUAUGGAGUUACAGUAGAUUUAUGGUUGUUUUGGGUAGAAUGUGAUGAAAAAGAUGAAAGGCAUUUGCAACUGGAUAUUGCUGAGGCAAGCUUUCGUGUCUCUGAAGCUAUAAAUAGUGUUCAGGAGUUCAGUCAGAAAUUUUCUUGUGUGGAAAAAUUGUUGCCCUUACUACAGCGCUUUGCUACCAAACCUAUAAGUGAGGAAGACAUAAUAAUGUCUGCAGAUCUUGCAACAGUAAUGAAAAAUAUACCAAAUGAAGAUAAAAGACUUAAUAGAUGGUGGAAGGCCUUUCUUAGUUUUGAUUGUCUCUGUGAGACUGAAGAAACUUUGGUGUGCUUGGAAGGGAAUUUAUCAGUGGUGGAUAAAGAUGAUGUUUGUAGGAUACUAGACAUUGCUGCUAAUAAAUUGUCUUCUACUGAAAAUUUAAGUGAUAUCCCAUGUGAGAGGUUGAAACACUUGUCACUUAAUGCAGUGAAAAGUCUGGAGCUACCACUGCAGUUUGAAGUGUUGAAUCAUUUCUUUUCGAAGCAGGGUGUGACAUCUGUACUGGAAACAAAAGAAUUUAAUAAAGAUUGUACAGAGUGUUUCAACAAAUCUACAGAAUUUUCUGAAGAAGCAAAACAAGAGGAGUUUGUUAAACAGUGUGUUGCAGUCUGUUUACAAUCACCUCAGAAUUUUGUAACGAAGGCAUUGUCAGAAGUGCUUCAUAACAAGCAGCAGCUUGCUGUUGUAAUUAAUGCACUUAAAGAAUUGAAAAGCCCAUUGUCUGCAUUAACAGUGAAUGGAAAUAACCUGAUAUUGCAUUCCAUUGAAAAAAUUAUAUUGAACAAGUUCUCUGAAGAUACUGAGGCUGACAACUACAUUUGUAUGAUUGUUGCUUUAGUUAAUGAACGUCUCAUUAGUGGGAAACUUUACAUUGAGAUGUUUCUACUGCCAAGCAUGCAUGAAACAGCAACAACAAGAGAGUGGUCUAGCCUUUUAAUUUGGCUUCAGACUUUACACGUGUUUGUAGAUGGCACAGUGAAUGAAGGGAAGUCAUUCAGUAUUCCUGCUGUGCUCAUUAUGUUAGCACAGUUACUUGAAACUGCCAGGUGGAAUAUUUCAACUUACACACCGCAGUUGGCAACUGUUCGACAAGAAACUAUUGCCAUCAUUAAUGUACUUUUGAAUGAAAAUUCCACUGACAUUGAAGAGGAAAUUUUAAAAAGCUGGCUUUCUCCAAAGCUAAAAUCAAUAUUAAGACCAAUAAAUAUCCCAUAUUUUAAGAAGUUGUUGGUGGAAGAUGAAUUUGUGGCUUGUGAGAGAAACCUGAGUUCAGCUCUUGUGGCAGCAAUGCAUGGAAAGAUGGAACAUAGUUCAUUAGUGGACAUAAUCAGAAAAAGCCCACAAAAAGAUGUAUUACUCAAGGCGGCAGUGCUACAGGUGCUGACAGAACUCACAUCUACGGAAUGGAAAUUAUUAUCAGCCUGUGUUGAGAAGCUGUUCCAGAUCUUAAAACCAGAAUCAAAUGCUGCCAUCGAAUCAUUUCACAUUUUUAUGGAUGUAAUUGUUGUUAUAACAGCUGUUAUCAACAGGAAAAAUGCAAUAGAAAAUUUUGCAGCUUUCUUAGAUUUCUCCCUGCAAAAUCUUGGACUACUUAUAAUGGAAAACACUUGUCAAGCCAUACUAUCAGAAAAUGUACAGUCAUCUCUGCAAAUCUUCCAGAAAGUGCUUUAUCUCUUUAAUUGCCUUCCACAAUCUGUGAAGCAUACAUCGUGCUCAAUAUGGGUCAACGUUUGUGCAUCUCUAAUGGGAAGCAUUUUGGAUGGCAGAGAGACUGCAGAAAAAUUACUUACGGAAAAAAAUAUAGCAGUCAGUCUAUCCAUUGUUCCAACUGAGGACCUCAGACAACCUCUUGCAAAAAAGUUACUGGACAUUAUGCGCUCUGACGUCAACUAAUAUUAUAACUGCUGUUUGUGUUUGUGUAACGGUUGCCUGCACCGUUAUUUUAAAAAGGCUGUGAAAUAUAUAUGCAUAAUAACCUUUAUGCAUUAUUGAUAUUUAUAUUGAAACUAUUUAUUAUUGUAGUUUAGAGCACUACUUCAGUAGAAAAUGUAAAGCCAAAAAAUACAUAAUGAAUUUAAUAAUAUAGUGAAAUCAAAUGGAUAUACAUUGUUUUAUUAGUUCUUGUUAUAUUUUGCAAUUUUGUUCUUAGGGAUUCCCAAAUUUUUUCAUGAGGAAAUGAACACCUCUCUCUCUCUCUCUCUCUCUCUCUCUCUCUCUCUCUCUCUCUCUCUCUCUCAGAAAUAUGUCACAUCUACUGUCUAAUCUAAUUUUUUUCUGAGAACUCAAAUUCCCAGUGCAACUAAAACAUAUUACUAAUUAUUCUAUUGCAUAUGAUGUACCUAGUGAAAUUAAUGCAUAGUAUAUUUUUGUCAUCAUUUUUGGAUUUCUAUCCAGAAGUUGUAAAAGGUGUUCACAAUCUUGCACACUUAAAUGAAAAAAAAAAGUUCCAAACAGGAUAUAAACAUUGACUUUAAUAAAUAUCAUUAUGAUUGUCAAUUUUUACACCAACUCCAUGUAUUCCAGCAUCCCCCAUGCCCAAGGUCUUCCUACCAUUCAGUUCUACUUCUCCCAAAAUUCAGCUGACUCCAAACCCACUGUAUCAUUCUGUACACACAUGACCAACUAUAUCCCUGCUCACAGCUACAUCUCCUUAGAGAUAACACAAGCCAAUUCAUGGUGCAGGGAUGGGCACCCACACAUGCCCUCAUAUGCCAAGGUGUUUAUGGGUCAUUCAUUUGCCUGCUCAUGUUAAUUGAUGAUAUCUUCAAGGUCUAGAGCAAGGGCAGACCAUUAUUAUCACUCUGUCAAAAAUUUUGAAACCAGCUCUUUUAUCAAUUUCACAUGGGUGUAUUCAGCUCUGCAUACCACCUUCCACCUCUCCAAUGGCUCCAUAUAAACCAUCACCGGUAUAAAGACCACCAACCAUCAAGAAUGCUUCCAGUUUGAUAGCUGCCACUUGAAGAGCAUUUAUGAAAACUUAUAUAAUUCCCUCUCCUUAAUAAUCUAUAUAACUUUCCCUUUAUUCAGUUUAUGAAGGAUCCAUAUUUCAUUAUCUGUUUGAUGUUUCAUUCCUGUGUAGUGUAAUGUACAUGCUAAAAAGUGGGUUUUUACUAUUGCUUGCAGCUGUGCUUUCCCGAAGACUGUUGCUAAGCAUUCUGCCCAUCCAACAUACGUAAAACUUGCUGCACGUUUAUAGGUUUUCAAACAAGAAAAUUUUUAUUUAUUUAAGUGCUGUGCUGCAAUCUCUUUCUCCAGGGGUUCUCUGUACAGAAACCUACUUUCACCUUCAUGCUAUGGAAUACUCUAAUGACCGUACAUGAGAUGUUACCAAGAAAAAGUAAAACACUGUUCUUAGGCUUUCCCAUCUUUGAUUUCUUUAAUAGUGUUAACCUAUCAUCUGUUUUCCCUUUCUUUC